AUGCCAUUGUUUCAGGUGGACGGCUGGGAUAUAAAAUCUGACAAGGUUGCUUUCUUCGAUGUUAGUGCCAAGAAGGCUGACGAGAAGAAGAAGGAGAGAAAGGCUAAAAAAGACAAGAUUAAGAAAGAACAACAGGCCAAGAAACAGCGUGCUAUUGAGGACGAGAUUGAAGGAGUUGAAAGCGAUGAGGACGUAGAAGAUGUAGCGGACGUCGAGAGUCUUGAGAAGGUCAAAGACGAAGCCAAGGAAGAGAAAGUAAAGAAACAGAAGAAGCGCCAGCUGAGUGAUUCAGAGAAACCUGAAAAAAAACCGAAAGUAUCAGAAACAGUCAAUACUUCACAGAAGACUCUCACCCCACUACAACAGAAGAUGAUGGCCAAAUUAACUGGUUCCAGAUUUCGUUGGAUUAACGAACAGCUGUACACUAUCACUUCCGAUAAAGCACUAGAAUUGAUGAAGGAACAGCCUCAACUGUUUGAUGAAUAUCAUGAUGGAUUUAGAUCGCAGGUGACAUCAUGGCCCGAAAAUCCCGUCGAUGUCUUCGUAGACCAAAUUCAACAAAGAUCUAAAAAACCGGUCAAUGCACCAGGUGGGUUACCAGGUUUGCAGGACUCAAAAAAAAUUGUCAUAGCAGACAUGGGAUGUGGUGAAGCACAAUUAGCAGCAGAUAUUAACGAGUUUUUCAAGAAAUACAAUAAGAGGGCAAAAAAAUAUCAACAGCGGAAGCAUCAAGUGCAUAGUUUCGAUCUUAAGAGAGCCAAUCCGCGAAUUACUGUGGCCGACAUUAGACACGUCCCACUCCCGGAUAAUUCAUGUACCAUUGUCGUAUUCUGUCUAGCUCUUAUGGGAACCAAUUUCUUGGAUUUCAUUAAAGAGGCUUACAGAAUUUUGGCACCAAGAGGAGAACUUUGGAUAGCAGAAAUAAAGUCGAGAUUUGCAGACGAAAAAGGUGAUGAGUUCGUGAAUGCGCUGAAGCUCAUGGGAUUCUUCCACAAGAAAACGGAUAAUGAAAACAAAAUGUUCACCAGAUUUGAAUUUUUCAAACCACCACAAGAGAUCAUUGAAGAAAGAAAUGCCAAGCUGGAAAGAAGACAGACAUUCAUCGAAGUUGAGACCGAAAAGGAGCAACUAGAGGAGAAGAGGCAAAAAAUUGCCGAGGGUAAGUGGCUACUUAAACCAUGCAUUUACAAGAGAAGGUAG